AUGUCUGUUCGAUAUUCCUCAAGCAAGCAGUUCUCUUCCUCCCGCAGUGGAGGUGGGGGGGGAGGAUCAUGCCGAAUUUCAAGCAGCAGAGGCUCCCUUGGUGGAGGCUUUAGCUCAGGGGGGUUCAGUGGCAGCUCUUUUAGCCGUGGGAGCUCUGGAGGGGGCUGCUUUGGGGGCUCAGGUGGCUAUGGAGGAUUAGGAGGCGGCUUUGGCGGAGGCGGCUUUGGUGGAGGCAGCUUUGGUGGAGGCAGCUUUGGUGGAGGCUAUGGAAGCAGCAGCUUUUCUGGGGGCUUUGGAGGAGGUAGCUUUGGGGGAGGCAGCUUUGGGGGAGGCAGCUUUGGAGGAGGCUAUGGUGGUGGAUUUGGAGGAGAUGGUGGCCUUCUCUCUGGAAAUGAAAAAGUAACCAUGCAGCAUCUGAAUGACCGCCUGGCCUCCUACUUGGACAAAGUUCGGGCUCUAGAAGAAUCAAACUAUGAGCUGGAAGGCAAAAUCAAGGAAUGGUAUGAAAAGCAUGGCAACUCAAACCAGGGACAGCCUCGUGACUACAGCAAAUACUACCAAACCAUUGACGACCUUAAAAAUCAGAUCCUCAACCUAACAACUGACAAUGCCAACAUCCUGCUUCAGAUCGACAAUGCCAGGCUGGCAGCUGAUGACUUCAGGAUGAAGUAUGAGAAUGAGGUAGCCCUGCGCCAGAGUGUGGAGGCUGACAUCAAUGGCCUGCGCAGGGUGCUAGAUGAGCUGACCUUGACCAAGGCUGACCUGGAGAUGCAGAUUGAAAGCCUGACUGAAGAGGUGGCCUACCUGAAGAAGAACCAUGAGGAGGAAAUGAAAAACCUUGGAAAUGUUUCCACUGGUGAUGUGAAUGUUGAAAUGAAUGCUGCUCCAGGUGUUGAUCUAACUCAACUUCUGAAUAACAUGAGAAACCAAUAUGAACAACUUGCUGAACAAAACCGCAAAGAUGCUGAAGCCUGGUUCAAUGAAAAGAGCAAGGAACUGACCACAGAAAUUGAUAAUAACAUUGAACAAAUGUCCAGCCAUAAAUCUGAGAUCACUGAAUUGAGACGUAAUGUUCAAGGUCUGGAGAUAGAACUACAGUCCCAACUGGCCCUGAAACAAUCGCUGGAAGCCUCCUUGGCAGAAACAGAAGGUCGCUACUGUGUGCAGCUCUCACAGAUUCAGAGCCAGAUCUCUUCCCUGGAGGAACAGUUGCAACAGAUUAGAGCCGAAACCGAGUGUCAGAAUUCGGAGUAUCAGCAACUCCUGGAUAUUAAGAUCCGACUGGAGAAUGAGAUUCAAACCUACCGCAGCCUGCUAGAAGGAGAAGGAAGGUAA